AAAACGGUUUAACAAAUAUACUUGUAUAUACCCAAGUCAGAAUGUUAAGAAGUAAUAUAGCAAGGGCACUGCUCCUACUCUCGUUGUUGGCUCUCAGCGAUGCCCGCCCAGAGCCACGUGGUGGAAAGAAGGCCUUUGCCCUCGGCGCCUUGGGUGGCUCAAUGGCGGGCGCUUUGGCUGCCCAUGUUAUGAAUAAAGCUUCGGCUCCUGCACCGGCGCCCGCUGCUGGCGGAGCCAUACAGGUACAUCAUAUCCAUCAUAUGGCUCAGACAACGCCAGAACCCAGACAUCUGACAGUCAUCGAAACGGGCGCCACGCAUCCCAAUGGCUGCUAUCAGCAAACUAUAAAGGAACCCAUGCCGGGCAACCCCAAAAUGUACACCGAAACAGUGCAUCUGGUGUGUCCAACUCUACAGCAGGCCAACCAACCCGCACCACCCCCCGCUGUAGCACCUAGUGUGCAUUUGGUUCCCGUUAUGCCGCAACCGUCACCUGUCUUUCCGGCUCCUGCUGGACACCCUGCUCCGCCACCGACUCCCACUCAUCCUGCUGACCACCAUUCUGCAGCUCCUCAUCCUGCUGUUAUUUCAUCGAAUGCCACCCACACCCAAGUUGUUGUCGGACCGCCUACAAAUCUUCUGCCCGCCGCUCCCGCACCAGCGCCACACCCGCACGCUCCCGCUCCUGCUCCUGCUCACGCGCCUGUUCCUGCACACGCUCCUGCUCCAGUGGCUAUGGUUCCUGUCAUGCAUUUAGUGCCAGCACCGCAUCCACAGCCACAACCCCAGCCACAGCCACAGCCGCAGCCCGCUCAGCCUGGUCAAGUCAUCGUGCUGUCCAAACGUACGGAAUAUUACGGCAAAAAGAAAAACUCAGCGCCUUCGGCAUUUGGACAGCAAAACGCGGUGUUUCUGUUGCUUGUGGUUUAUGGCCUUAAAGCCCUUUUUGCUUGAGCGCCCAAGCAAAUUUAGUUAGUUUUAAAAGUUCAGUACUAGCGCGCUUUUAUUAAAGCUCCAUAAGCUUUUAACCGCGUACAUAUUUGUUAUUAUGAGUAAAGAUUUAACUUUCAACAACCGCGCAGAUGAGACCUUUUUUAUAUGAAGUGGCAACGCCACUGCUUGUCCCAUCGAUAGUGCGCAUAAGUCGCGGUUAAUCGAUAAAAACACGGUAAUCGGCUUUAAGUU